AUGAUUAUAGAUCAUACGUGUAUCAACGUAGAUCUGGCAAGAUAUUUGAAGGCCAGAAUACAUCGUAGGAAGUGUAUACUGAGGUACUCCGUAGAUGAGUGGAACCCCUGUGAUUCGCCCGAUGGCAACCGACCCCUCCAAACUUUUUUUCUCUCACUCUCUCUAAACAUUUCGCGCCGCCAACUAUUUUUGAUACUCUUACGAUAA